AUGGCUGAUGAACAAGAUCGUAUGGAUGUUGAUGAAAUCGAAGUGAAAGAACCAACCCCAAAACCAACAUCAACAUCAAAACCAAGAUUUGAAGUGAAAAAAUGGACAGCAGUAGCGUUUUGGUCAUGGGAUAUGCAAAUUGAAAAUUGUGCCAUUUGUAGAAAUCAUUUAAUGGAACCAUGCAUUGAAUGUCAACCAAAUUCAAUGAAUAAUAAUAAUAAUACUUCAGAAGAAUGUAUUCCUGCUUGGGGAGUAUGUAAUCAUGCAUUUCAUUUACAUUGUAUUAGAAGAUGGUUGAAAACAAGAAAUGCAUGUCCUUUGGAUAAUACUGAUUGGACUUAUCAAAAAUUUGGUAAUUAG